UUUCUCUCUUCUUUCUUUCUUUAUCUAUUUUUAUAAUCUUAAACUUAUUGUGAAAUAUGAACCGUAACAAUCAAACAGCAACCCAUUCAUCCAUUGGCUCUUAUUCCUCGUCCUCCGUCAACCGUGUUCGUGUCGGUUCUACUGAAGAUAUUAGUGCUUCCACCCCUGUUGAAAAUCUUAGUUCCAGCGUAUCCCAUCAUGCCGUGCGUGAGCGCCAAGAGUAUGACUCUGAUUCUGAUUACCAACCUGAUCCCAAUGACUCGGAUGCUAGUGAAGUUGAAGAAGAUGAAGUCGCCCGUGCCUUGGAAGGUUAUGAAUCUGAAGGUUCCGAAACAGAAGUUUUUGACGGCGAUCUUUUGAACAAUGAAGAUGAUCUCGAUAACGAUGAUGACAUUGUUGCCAACCAUGGUUCUUCAGUCGAAAUUAGUGAGGAAAAUGAAGUAACCAUGCCAUUUGCCGAAUUCGUUGAAAAGUGUGCCGCGGCUACCUCCAUGACUGAAAGACUGGAUUUAAUGUUCAACGGACAAAUUACUACCAUUGACAACGUUCAAAAAAAAAUUAUUGUCGAUUUGGAGACUGAUUGUGAUAGUCCUACCCUUUGCGAAGUAAACAUCGAUGCUUUUAUUUCUUACCCGUUGAAGGAGUUGCCAAUCAUGCCUAAAACUCGUUGGAAGCUGUCUUUGAGCCCCAAUUGGAAGCAUGCUUUGACUCGUCUGGACUUCGGGCACUUCACGUUUCGUGGUGAGAGGGACUAUGUUAAAAAUUACCCGCAUACUUUGCUUUUGGAGGCCUUUUCGGAAGCAUGCAUGAAUAUUCAUGUGCUCUUCCCGAACAUGAAAAAAAUGAAGCUUGGUGUAAGCAAUGCCAGAAGAAUGUUGGGUUCCGCCGCUCAAAAAACGUUUACCGACCGACUUCUGGUUCCCGCUAUUCGACGUGUCUUGAUUUGUUCUCGUGCGAAUCGAUCUGGUGGAUCUUAUGGCGAAGCCAUUGGUACUGGAUUUCACAUGACGGUGCCGAAAUUUUUGCUUGGUUCGGAGCUUAAGCUUUUAGUCCAGUCUAUGCGUGACAUUGCCAAGGAGAGUGCGGAUUUGGCACCAUAUCGUCAUUUUGUUUUUGUGGUUUCUUCUUUCGGGUUUAAAAGCCCAAUUUAUGGUCCGGAUUACACGUCCAUCCUUGAUACCAUGGUCGACUGGUCCCAACUUGACCCUCAAAGAUGCCUUGUAGACAUUGGCUUGAAUCUGUUUGCCGAAUCCGAGGAUGGCCGACCAUUGGUAUCGUUUGUCAAAGACGAAAAGGUCCAAGCUAUGGGAAAACGUUUUGGAGGUCCAACCAUAAAGACCGAUUUUUAUGGAAUGUCUUUGGGUUCUUUUGGUGGCUUCUCCGGGAAAGGUCGUUCCGGUAAUGUUUUUACGCCUUCGAAAGUAAUGGUGUAUAAUGACAUCAAGUAUCCGUUUACGAUGUCAAAUCCCGGUGUAAACGGAAAGGUGUCCGGUCCAUGGAUACCCGAGGAAAUGAGAAAUACCUUUCGUCAUCAUGAGGGUCAUCAUUUAAAGAACAUGAGAUGGUAUAAUGCCCGUGUUUCCGAAUACCAAGGCCACCAGUUUACUACUCGUUUGGAGGUUCGUGUCCCGGCGAUCUCAGCUACUACGGCUUACGUCGACGUCUUGGUCGCAAAGUUGAAGUCUUCUCUUGCUGAUGAGGCCUUCAUCCAUAUAGAUUCGGGAAUUUACCUCCAGUACGUUGGUCUCAUGGCAAAUCUUAUAAGUGACUUGGCAGAAAAAUGUCUUGGUUCCGUUUUGUUGCAGUCGUUCUCCGGGUUGUAUCUCUCCGCGUACAUGCUAAAUAACUUGAUCCAUUCUGAUCAAUCUUUAACCGAUUCUUCAAAGUUCGUAUCAGCAAGCAGAUGUCGUAAAAACAGGUUGUGUUUUUUGCCUGGUGCGUUUGCUGUCGAUGGCGACAGAGUCAUGUUUGGGCACACAUUCGAUUCUACUAGUAUUAAACAGGCAUUUCCCGGUGCAGUGAUUUUUGAUUCCACCGAACAAUACAUGUCCAGUCGAUUCCAGGACGGUUACGUAAGAGGUACCAACGUGCCGGAAGCUUUUUAUGAUUUGUUCAACAAUACCGAGACAACCUUAGAAGGAUUACUUUCGACAAGCUCCAAUGCUUUUCCUCUUGCUCCCAUCACUUGUCCUACUCUUCACGCGUAUUCCGAAUUGAUCUCUGACUUUGUGAUGCCAAUCGAAAAAGCUUUUGAUCAUUGUCCUCUAUUUUUGUAUGAUAUUUCCAAUAUUGCAACCGUCAGAAAUGUUUAUAAUGUCAAUCAAGGUCUAAUGCAGUACGGUUUUGGGACGAAGUUUGCCGCCUAUUUUUUGGAGCAAUUCUGGGCCGAAUAUAUAACUUUUUUGAAGGAUGGUGAUUGCUAUCUUGACGUACUUGGUUUCUCCAAUGUUCCAUCCAAGGCUUUUCUUUCCAAGGUUGAUGCUAAGCGAGUGGCUGAACCAAUGUGUAUUACCGAGAGAAUGUAUUUUCUUCUACCAUUGCCGGAUAGGGACAGCUGUAGACCUGCGGACAUUAAGAAGGAACUGACUGCGUACAUGGAUGGCAAAGGUAUAGACGUAAACUGGAAGUCUUUUGGAACCAGGGCCUGGUAUCUGGAAUUAUUUGCCAACCCAUUUAUCGGUUACGACGUCCUAUCAAAUUUUCAUUCCUUGUUAAUGGUUGGGUGUCUUCUUGCUUGUAAAUAUCUGCCCACCUCAACAAAAUCUAGAUUAUAUAGAAGACAAGAAGGUGUUCUUUCGGUUCGUAAGGCAUCCCGAUUUGAUGUAGCAUUUGAGGAAUUAAACAUGACUGUAUUUAACUUCCUUUGCAAAUAUUCCGUCGAUAACCAAUCCGUCUGUGAAUUACUUGAUUCCAACCCCCUUCCUCCCAUCAGUGCCAAUGUCAGAGUGGUAAAUGAGGAAUCGAAUGCCUCCGUUGCAGCGCCUAAGCGUUAUACCCCGAUUAAGCGUCGUCGCAAUUGGUAAAUGACAAAAUUAUACAGGUCUAAGCUACUUUUUUAUUUAUCACUUUUUUUAAAUUUAAAUUCUUCUAUGCAUUUUUUAAUUUUAUGCCCUUAAUCAUUUUUUAUGCCCUUUUAUUAUGCCUUAUAUUAAAAUAUUUUUUCCUAUGAA